AUGGCCGCUACUGAUAGAUUAAACAUUACUUCCGAUAUUUUAAACGCAUCAAUGAAGAGAUCCACCUCAAGCUCUUCCAGUGGUUCAACUAUCUCGUUGGAUCAUCCUUAUAAAGUUACCGUCAUCGGUUCUGGUAACUGGGGUACUACAAUCGCCAAAGUCGUCGCUGAAAACACAAGGAUAAAUCCUCAAUUGUUCGCUGAAGAAGUACAAAUGUGGGUCUUUGAAGAAAAAAUCGACGGUGAAAACUUAACAGAAAUUAUAAAUACACAACAUCAAAAUGUUAAAUAUCUUCCUGAUAUUACAUUACCUGAUAAUUUGGUUGCUAAUCCUGACUUGUUAGACGCUGUUAAGGGUGCUGAUAUCUUAGUUUUCAAUAUUCCUCAUCAAUUUUUAAGAAGAAUUGUAGGUACAUUAAAGGGUCACGUUAGUCUAACUGUAAGAGCCAUUUCUUGUUUGAAAGGGUUCGAAGUUGAUGCUAAGGGUGUACAAUUAUUAUCUACCUAUAUCACCGAUGAAUUGAAUAUUGAAUGUGGUGCUCUUUCAGGGGCUAAUUUGGCUCCAGAAGUCGCCAAGGAACAUUGGUCAGAAACCACAGUUGCAUAUCAUAUUCCAUCAGAUUUCAGAGGUGAAGGUAAAGAUGUGGAUCAUAACAUUUUAAAGGCUUUGUUCCACAGACCAUACUUCCAUGUCUCUGUCAUUGAAGAUGUCGCAGGUAUCUCUAUUGCCGGUGCUCUAAAAAAUGUUGUUGCACUUGGUUGUGGGUUCGUUGAAGGUUUAGGUUGGGGUAAUAAUGCUUCUGCCGCCAUUCAAAGAGUCGGUUUAGGUGAAAUAAUUAAAUUCGGUCAAAUGUUUUUCCCUGAAUCUAGAGUCGAAACUUUCUACCAAGAAUCUGCUGGUGUUGCCGAUUUAAUUACAACAUGUUCAGGUGGUAGAAAUGUUAAAGUGGGUAAAUACAUGGCUAAGACUGGGUUGGAUGCCUUAGAAGCUGAAAAGGAACUAUUGAAUGGUCAAUCAGCUCAAGGUAUUAUAACGUGUAAAGAAGUCCAUGAAUGGUUAGAAACCUGUGGCUUACUUACUGAAUUCCCAUUAUUCGAGGCUGUAUAUCAAAUCGUUUACAACAACCUUCCUAUGAAGAAAAUUCCAGAUAUGAUUGUUGAUUUGGAUGCAUUUGCAAACCUUGAAUGA